UUAUUUUUAGCCAAUGCUUUUUCUAACUUCUUCGCAAGCUGGUCCAUGGUCUGUUUUAUUUAAACAAGUACCAAAAAGACUCGAGCAGAGAGGGUAAAUGUUGGGGAGAAGGCAUUCAUAUAAGCAUUCUUUUGGGAUUUGAACAUUAUUUUGAACCAACAAACCUAUUAAGUUUUGUUGACUUCCGUUUUAAAUUACUUGCCCAGAAAUGAUUGGUUGGUAUUGGCAACCGUUUUAGCCGACGGGAGGCCUAGCUAGCUAACGCUAGUUACAUCUUGUUGGCUGAAUAAAGAAAGCGAAAGGAAGCUGGAUCUAAACCUUCUUCUUUGCUAUUCAACAGAGGAUAAAGAAGGUUCAUAUUCUCUUAACCCCCCAACUAUUCAUUAGAAAGGAGCAAGAGACAGACUGCACACAGAAUGAGGUUGGAAGAGCGUUGUUUACCUGUUAUGGUUGUGUUGUGUGCUAACUGUAUAUCAAGCUGUAUCUUGUAGAAUCAGGUAUACUGCAUGCAUGCCAGAAAAACGUAUGUUCUGUUUUCCAGCCUGUCUGUUCUGUGUUUUCAUUCUUUCUUGCUGUUUGUUUUGUUUUUGUUUUUAUUUGUAUCUUUGCUGCUUUAUAGCUCAUCUGCUCCCAGGAUGGUGAACAACUACAAGCGGACUUCCAGUCCUCGGUCUCCUACGAACAGUGGGGAGCUCUUCACUCCAGCACAUGAGGAGAAUGUGCGUUUCAUCCACGACACCUGGCAGUGUGUGCUCAGAGACAUCCGGUCACCACAGAGCAGCGAACGCAAAGACCGUGGACCACAGGAGUAUGUGGAAAAGAACCCAAAUCCCAACUUAAAUUCUUUCACACCAGUUGACCUGAGUGACCUCAAGAAACGCAACACACAGGACUCCAAGAAGUCCUAGUCUUUCUCUUUAUAGUCAACAGCUUUUUUUCUGCACCAAUUAUCCUUGAGAACUUUCUCCUCCUCUGUCAGCCAGUAAGUCAACCUUUUGGCCAUUCCUGCCCAGAAUGCCGGUCCUCUUUCUGCCCACCCGGACUAACAGCCUGCCCAUUCAACAGCAGUGGGCUGAUGUCCUAACAACCACAACAUUUUUGGAGUUCCUUAUCCACCCCAGCCCCCCCCCCCCCCCCUCUUUCUCUGUCCAGGCUCAAUAUUUUCUUACCCUACCUCUCAUCUGGUUGACGUGGAAUGCAAGAAAGCUGGCAUUUGAUUUCCAGGGAUUCUCUCUUCCGGUUCUUGGUUUUACAGCCAUGAAUUUUUCAUUUUUACUCUUUUUUGUAUGUGAAUGGGACUGAUGCAGAGUUUGAAUGAAAUAUGCUGACAUCCUGAUGCCGAAGUACAGAUGGUGUACAAAUUCUUCAUGGGACACUUUAAAGGACUGCAGUCUUAAAUAUAAACUGUUUUCUUUUCAAUCUACAAAGGAUAAUGCUGAAGGGCUGGCAUUCUUUUUUUGGAAGAUAGUUGAAUUGUAGAUAUAUUGGAAUGGGAACCGAUUGUACGGGCGAGUUUUGGAAGCCAAAAAUUGUUUAGGAUAAAUGCCAACAUUUUUCAUAUAAAUUCAUGCCCCUGAAAUGGACUUCAAGUAGACAUCGCCACAUUGACUUCUCAGCCUUGAAAAAAAAUAUUGAAUAAAAUACUUUUACAAUA